AUGUCCUCCAUUCAAUCAUCCAGAGCAUUGUUUCAGUUCUCUCAAAGAGCUUUGUCAGGACUACCAACCUGCAGAGCAAUCUCUACAAAAGGGGCGCAAGCCGCGCACGACUGGAGCGCCGCGCAAUAUCUCAAGUUUGAGGAUGAACGCACCCAGCCAGCUCGCGACUUACUCUCCCGUGUUCCUCUCCAAGCGCCGAAGAACAUUGUCGACCUAGGCUGUGGGCCAGGAAACUCCACUGCGGUGCUGGAAUCACGCUACCCAGACGCCCAAAUCGUGGGAAUGGAUUCGUCCCCGGACAUGAUUCGCAAGGCAAAAGAAACUCUCCCGCACCGCGAAUUUGCCGUAGGAGAUUUGGAGUCCUAUUCACCUCCAGGCCCAGUGGACUUGUUUUACUCCAAUGCCGUGUUCCAAUGGCUCAAGAGAGAUGAACGCUUCAAGAUCGUCAAGAGAUUAAUGGAAACACAACCAUCGGGGGGCGUUUUUGCCCUUCAGGUUCCUAACAACCUCUCGGAGCCUUCCCAUGUCUUGAUGCGGGAGACUGCCGAAAAUGGGCCUUGGGCUGCUACACUGGCGAAGGUGGGCAGAGAUACGUUCCAAACGACGCAGGAAAUAUACGAUGAACUCAAGCCUGUUAGCUCGAAGGUGGAUAUCUUCCAGACCAGUUAUAAUCAUGCUUUGGAAAGCCAUGAAGCCAUCAUCGAAUGGGUUAAGGGUACUGGAUUGAGACCUUACUUGGAUCCUCUGAGCGCAGAAGAGAAGAACAGUUUCUUGCAAGAGUACUUGCAGCGUCUGCAAGCAGCCUACCCUGUUUCAGUCGAUGGCCGGGUUUUGCUUCAGUACCCUCGCUUGUUUGUUGUUGCUGUUAAGAACUAG